CGCAACCUUUUCUUCAGGUGCAUUUGGGAUUUUCCUCACGCAUACACCCGAGUUGUGUUUGGUACUCUGUCGCCAUCUAGCGUAUUACCUUCAGCAUUGCUUCCGCGCAUCCGUUCAGUUUGAGCCUAGCAGGUACCCGUAAGGAGGAGCAAGCGUCGCCUUAGCAACGGGCAGGGUUUGGAUCAAUAAUUAGCAGAACAUUUCUUUUAAACCGGGCAGAUUUAUAAAUGAAACACGCCUAAAUACUUCCAGUUUACUACCUGAAGCCGUGAUGGUUACAAUCAACCCGUCGGUGUUUCUUCUGACGGUGAACGGACAAAUUGAGGGAGCAAACUAUCCUGAGUAUGACAACCUGUACUGUAAAUAUUGCUUUGUGUACGGCCACGACUGGGCUCCUACUUCGGGGUUGGAGGAAGGCAUCACUCAAAUAACAUGUAAAGGCAGUCAGUCUUCACACAAACUAAUAUGGAACUUCCCACUGGAGACGACGUUUAAGAGCACAAACCCCACUGGAUGGCCUCAGCUGGUAGUGAGUGUGUACGGUCCAGAUGUGUUUGGCAAUGAUGUGGUAAGAGGCUACGGAGCAACACACAUCCCCUUCACUCCUGGACAGCAUACACGAACCAUCCCCAUGUUUGUUCCUGAGCCCACAUGGAGACUUCAGAAGUUCACGAGCUGGCUGUUGGGACGGCGGCCUGAGUACAUAGACCCCAAGGUAGUGGCCCAGGGAGAAGGCAGAGAAGUUACUCGGGUCCGUUCCCAAGGUUUUGUCACCGUGUCUUUCCACAUCAUCACUAAAGACAUGAAGAAGCUUGGUUAUGACACAGGACCAUCGAACACUGCCAACACACCGUCUGCCACAUCCAGCUGGUCCACAGAGGAGCAACCGUACAGCACGCAUUAACACGGGAGACUGCUUUACGGACUAAAUGACUUGUUAAAUUCCUCAGUGGGGAUGGAAAACACUGCAAUGCCACUGUUACCUUAAAGCGGCACGAAGGCAGAGGGCUCCUCUGAUCAGAUGACACUCGGUUUUUUUAGUAAAAAUGAAAUUAUUUGUAAAAGAUUUUAUUACAUUUUUUCAAAUAUAAAUAGUUUUAGAUAAUGUCUUGAAUCGUUAUGUUUUACAUCAUUUUUUACUUUUUUAAAUAAAUGGACUUAAACUCUGAA